AUGCUGCCUCAGUCGGAUCGAUCUGUGUUCACGCAUGGAGACAUCGCGCCGCGCAAUAUCAUAAUUGACGAGCAGAAUAAUAUCAGCGGCAUUCUGGACUGGGAAUUCGCGGGAUGGUAUCCUGAGUAUUGGGAGUAUGCGCAAAUCAUGCGUCCGGCGUUCCGAGGAGACUGGUCGGUCUGGAUGGAGAAGACUGCGCCAGAGCGGUGGGAUCUCUCAGGAAUUAAUGCUGCCAGGAAGGUUUUAUUCUGA